UCACCAUCAUCCAUCCCAAAUAUAACCUACAAAAUGUCCUCAACCCCAACCCAAAACAUCUACGAUAACCCCCAAUUCUUCAAAGCAUAUGGCACGCUUCCCCGCUCCCAGCAUGGCUUCAACGCAGCGCCCGAAUGGCCCGUCCUAGAACAAAUGGUCACCCAACCGCUACACAAUGGCGUCCAAGGUAAAAAUAUUAUAGACCUCGGCUGCGGGUACGGCUGGUUCUCCCGCUGGGCUCGGGAAAACGGCGCCAAACACGUCAAAGGCGUGGACGUGUCGACAAAGAUGAUAGAGAGGGCCAACGAAGUGGAGAAAGACCUGCAAAAGAACGGUAGAAUCUCGUCUUCUUACGGGACAAUAGACUAUCAAGUUUGCGAUCUGGAGAUGAUAGCCUUCUCGCCGUCAGAAAUGGACUACUAUGAUCUCGUUUACAGUUCUCUAACAUUCCAUUAUAUCGAGGAUUUCUCGAGAUUGCUUCGACAAGUACGACUUUGUUUGAAGAAGGAUGGUGCAGGAAGGGGGAGGCUGGUCUUUUCGGUGGAACACCCUAUUUGUACUGCACCGGUUCAUCCUGGGCCUGACUGGAGGAUCCUAUCUAAAGUUGAUGGUGACGGGGCGGGUGAGAAAGUCUGGCCUUUGAACUCGUAUAGCGAAGAGGGCCCGCGUGUGACGAGCUGGCUAGGAGUUAAUGGUAUCCGGAAGUAUCAUCGAACUGUGGAGACUUAUGUUACCGCGCUGCUUGAGAACGGAUUUGUUUUGGCUGGGUUGAAAGAUUGGGUUCCUUCCCGGCGUGAUAUCGAAGAGCAUCCUGAAUGGAAGGAUGAAAGGCAUCGGCCGUAUUUUCUGCUUAUUUCCGCUGAGGUUAAGCGUUCGGAUGAUGAUUGAUAUUGGAUAGGUGCAAAGACGGUGGAUUGUCAAACAUGGCCCUUUGUUCAUUUUACAGCCUACGAAGAAUACCAGUUAAAUUAGGUUAUUUGCCUUGUCUUCUGUUGAACACCUGGUGAAGGAAUUAAAACAUGGGAAACUGCCCAACUAUCGAAGAUUUUUGUCUUUCUAGGGGUGUGAAGGUGUGAAGUGUAUAGG